AUGGCUGCUGAAACCAUUCUGAUCCCUGUUGCAAAACAAAUCAUUGCCAAAGCAGCCGACUUGGCCUUGGAGCAGCUUGGGCUCAUUUGGAAUUUCAAACCCGAGCUCUGGAAACUCAAGGCCACCGUCUCCACCAUCCAGGCCGUGCUCCGUGAUGCCGAAGAGAAGCAGUCGCACAACCACCAAGUCAAACUCUGGCUAGAUAAGCUCUCCGACGCGAUGUAUGAUGCCGAUGAUCUGCUUGAUGAUGUGUCCACCGAGGCUCGUCGGAAGGCCAUGACUGCAACAACUACUAAUUGUUGGAGUCUGGUAUGCUUUCUGUUCUCUUCACUUCCUGAACAGUUGGUGUAUGAUCUUAAGAUGGCUCAUGCUAUCAAGGCCAUUAGGGAGAAGCUUGAUGAUAUAUCGAAAGACAAGGAUACCUUCCAUCUGGAAGUAGUUCAUAGUACUGAGGAGGACGAAGCCCUUCAUUCCCGAGAGACGGAUUCCUGCCCACCCACUAUUGUUGUUGGGAGGGAAGAUGAUAAGAAGAAUAUCAUUCACCUGCUACUACUGCUGAAUUCCAACUCUGAAGUCAACAACAUUUCGUUCGUCCCCAUUGUUGGGAUGGGUGGGUUGGGGAAGACUACUCUUGCUCAACUCGUAUUCGAUGAUGAUGAAGUUACCGCGCACUUUGACAUCAAAGCUUGGGUCUAUGUUUCUCAAAGUUUUGAUGUCAAAGCGAUUCUCGGAAGGAUGCUACGAUCGAUAGACCGUCAAAAUCAGGCAGGUCCCGAGUUAGAUGAUUUGCAAGCUCAACUCAGAGAAAAAAUCCAAGGCAAGAGGUUUUUGUUUGUGUUGGAUGAUGUUUGGGAAGAGAGAGUUGUAAGGUGGGAAAUUUUAGGAAAAUAUUUGACUGUUGGCGCCAUCGGCAGUAAGGUGCUGGUGACUACUCGAUCCUCUAAGGUGGCCGAGGUUGGUGGCCGAGCUCUAAAGUCGAGAACAAGUACCAGCAUCGUGGAAUCUUAUCACUUGAAAGGUUUGUCAGAAGAAGAGUCCUGGAAUUUAUUACUGACAAAGGCCCUCCCUAGAAAAAUUCCACAAAAUCCAUAUGUUGAAGAAGUUGGAAGGGAGAUACUAAGGAAAUAUGGUGGAGUUCCUCUUGCUGUAAAUACCAUAGCUGGUAUGUUAAUGAGUUCGAAAAAUCCCGAAAUCGAUUGGCCAUCAUUUCUGCACAAGGGACUUUCUGAAGAAGAAAAUCCUACCAUAUCAGCUCUUAAACUAAGUUUCAGUCAUCUUCCUUCUCAUAUGAAGCAUUGCUUUGCUUACUGCAAACUAUAUCAGAAAGGUUAUGAAUUUCAUGUUAAAUCAUUGGUUCAGUGUUGGGUGGCACAAGGGUACAUUGAGUCUGAAAUUAAAGGCUUAGACUGCUUCAUAAUGCUAUGGUGGAGGUCAUUCUUCCAGGAGGUGGAGAUGGAUGAGCUGGGGAAUAUGCUAACAUGCAAAAUGCAUGAUUUGAUGCACGACUUGGCCGAUUCGGUAGCUGGAGAUAAGAUCAUUAGAAGUUUAAGUUCCACUGCUCUAAUAAAUAUUCCUUCAAAGACUCGUCACUUGGCAAUAUACGAAGAUGAUGACAAUGACGCGGGAGAAGAAGCUGAUGCUGCUGUUGCUGAUGAGUUGGAAAAUGCUAGUAAGGUGCGGACUUUGGUAUGCCAUAAACCUCUUUCAAAACAAGAGUUUGAAAUAGUCAUCUGCAAAUUCAUACGCUUGCGAGUGUUGAUUGUGUUUGAAGAUAGAUCAGAUGCUUCAACACUAUUGCACUUUGUUGGUAAGCUGAAGCAUUUAAGAUAUCUUGUCAUUCAUUGCCAUGGAAUGUGUAAACGCAAGACUUGUGUUGCUCUUAUUGAAACAAAGUAUUUAUAG